UACCAAAUCAAUAAUAACUUGAUGAUGCAUUAUCAUUUUGGGGGCGUCAAGUUCACAUUUGAAUUAUAUUCAAUUAUUCGCAUUUGAAUAAUCAAAAUGAUCGCACAACGCUCAAUUUGGAUAUUUAUUUUAUAUCAUAUUUUUGUCACUUUUUCCACAACUGAAAGUAAAGAAGUAUUAAGUGAUGCUUCGUACUCAAAUAGCCCAGAAAUAUGUGGAAGAUUUGGUUCAUACACAAAAAUAGGUAACAACUAUUAUAAAAUUCAUCUUGCAAAGGUUACUUGGUUUCACGCACUUCACGUAUGUCGUAGAGAAGGUGCUGACUUAGCUACAAUAACGGAGGAAUAUCAAAUGAAUGCAAUAUCAAAUCAUUUAAUGUCUCUAGGAUAUGGAGAGAGUGAUUGGUUUUGGAUAGGCGCCAAUGACUUAGCAACAGAGAAAACAUUUGAAUGGGUUCAUAAUGGUGAGAAAAUGUCAUUUAGUAGAUGGUCACGGCCCCAGCCAGAUAAUGCUGGUGGCAAUGAGGAUUGUGUACAUUUGUGGUUACGUGAAGGACAAUUUAAAAUGAACGAUUGGAAUUGUGAUCAAGGGAAGGCGUAUUUUAUCUGUGAAGCUCCUGAACCCGCAACUGUUACAAUUUG